AUGAGGCAACAAUGCUUCCUCCUGGCACAUUUGGUGACUGCAGGAUGUAUAUUGCAUUCGAAUGAAGCAUUUGUCUAUCAACGACCAAGGAUACGAGGAUUGCAGAAAGCUCCAUUGCUUCCUCAGUCCAAGAAUACCGUUACUCUUCACGUGACACCUCCUGAAUCAGACUCGAGCGACGUCUUGUCGGAGGAAACCUACAGUGAGCAAAUGACAAUCGAGCCAUCAGAAACAACGGAUAUCGAACCAACAGCGACAGCAGGAAUGGAAGGAGACGAAUUAUUUUUUGCCAGCGUUGUAGAAGAAGGUAAUGAUUUGUUGGAAGAAACUUCUAGCAUUUAUGUCACACCUCCAAUGCCAAUGCCAAUGCCAAACCAGAUAGACAAGAAAGUUGACAAGGAAUCAUCGUCCCUACUGACUCGUAGGGCAUGGUUCCAGACAGGCGCCGUAGUGGCGACGGGGACCAUCGCUGCCGCUGCCACUAUUAUGAACGAGCGUGCUUUGGAAGCGAAGAAACAAGCAAAUACCUUUCAACCCAAAGUCUCUCCCUUUGCAAGAGCCAAUUCGACGGCAGCCAAAACAGGUGCUCCAAAAGCGACUCCACAGAAAAAUGCUGCUCAGCCUGCGACGACUGCCAAAACAACUGGUGCUCCCAAGGCUACUGCUACUCCCAACGGAAUCCCAACAAAACCCGCUGCCAGCGUAAACCCAGUAAAACGGCUUGAAGCCACAGAAGCGGAAAUCAUCAAGAAAUUGGAACCAGUCAAUAUCACUCAAGUCGCAGCGGAAACUAAUGUCAAUAUUACGCUCAACUGCCAGGAUGCUUGCGUCUCUAUUGAUCCUGUCACCUUGACCAAGGUGCAAUCCAAAAAAAUGCCAACUUGGGUUCCCAGUUGGCUGGUUCCUCGUCCCAAGGUGAUUAAACAAAUUUCAAAUGCGGAAUUGUUGGUGGCUGCCACAAUUGCCGGGUCCAUGGUCGAUGUGGGAAGGACCUCCCUCUUGUAUCCGAUUCAAACAGUAAAGACGCGAAUUCAAACCGAUAUCAAUAAUUCGACGCGGACAUUCGUUCCAGUCAAGGAACGCAUGAGGACGUUUGGUAGUAAUGUGAAGAGACACAUUGACGAAGGAGAUUUAUAUGCCGGUAUUAAACCUACGUUGCUAGUGUCGGUUCCGGCUACUGGCAUUUACUAUGGUGUUCGGGAUGUUUCCAAGCAUGUUCUGGCUAUGACGCCGCUGAAUGGAAUUCAAAUUGCUCUCUUGGCCGCUUUGAUUGGGGAUAUCGUGUCCUUGUGCUUUCGGGCUCCGGCCGAUACUUUGAGGUUGCGCUUGCAGAAUCAAGACGACAAUGUGGGAGAUUGGUUUGCGGAUUCGCUCAAGAAACUUCCUCAGAUUAUUAUCACAGAUCUGCCGUACCUUUUGUCCAAGAUUGCAUUGAAUCGGCUGCUGAUACAUGGGAGCAUUAGUAUUGAUCAAUAUACCGAAUAUGCAAUCAUUACAUCUUCGAUUGCGGCCUUGUUGACAACACCCUUUGAUGUGGCACGAACGAGAAUACUAGUAGACAGUGACAUGGAUUGUUCAAAUGGAUUGGAUGGUGGGAGUGGAGAAGGAGUGAUCCAGACAAUGAAGUGUGUUGUGAAGGAGGGUAAUGGUGGCUAUGCCAACCUCUUUGCGGGAUGGUUUGAGAGAGUUCUUUACUUGGGGGUAGGUCGAGCCUGGUUCGAGCCGAUUCAACUGAUAGGAUAUAUAGGAAUCCGAGAUACAGUACUAUUGGAGUGGUUUUAA